UUUCCAAGCUCUUUAGUUUUGGACAGGCUGGAAGAUGAAAUGGCAUCUUGCUGUUGUUUCAGUUUGUGUGACCCUACGGACUAAUGCAUGUGAGCGUCAUCUAUCUGAUAGGUUGAUGACUAUUCAGGCAGACUCCAAUAGCAGAAUUGUUCCUGCAAGGCAGUGGGGCUGCUACUCCCUGGCUUUCAGUGGCAGGCCUUUGAGGUGGCUCUUUGGCCAACAAACCUGCACCAAAAAGCUCACCAUGAUAUCUUGCGCCACCAGAAGAUGCUGCUGAAAUUUCAGUUGGCUGAGGUGGCUGUCAAAGGAGAGGAAAAAAGACCCAAACCUGGCCAUGAGCAGGAUAUGUGUGGAGGCUUCCAGGAACUUUAGAUGCCCAGCAGUGAGUGGCAGCCCCUGGAGCAGUGGAGGGUGGGGUCGACAGAGCAGGAAAUGAUUCCACCAGCCACACCCCAGGGAAACACAGAGCAGCAAGUUUGCAGUAGUGAGAGUGCUAGGCUUUAUUGAGAAUCAGUGACACAGUCCACUCCUAGGGUCGAUUAAAUGUCAUGAAAGCUGGACAGUGUUCACCUCUGGAUUCCUUCUGAUGACAUGUAAUCCUUGUGAUGAAUUUUAGAUUCUGAGAGGCCCUCAGCAGAGUCCAUUAGGAGUGCUGUAGCCCCUCUGCGUUGAGAAAACAGAAACGGGCAGGACAGGGAAGGAAGGGGAGGGCCCUGAGAAUGGUUACACUUCAGUUCUUUCUGUUUUGUUUUGUUUUCUACAAGACGUUCCUCAGGAAGCUAAGGGAAUCACCUUUCUUGCAGACCUCAGUUAUAUCCUGGUGGGAAAAGAAUGAACUCACUCUGUUGCCAGAAGACUUGGGUUUGAGUCCGGCCUUUGCCACUUUGUGCCCGUUUCCUAACCUGUAACACCGGGCUAAUGUUCCUUCCUGCCCGCCUUGGCGGGCUCUUGUUUGUAGUGAGCAGCACCGGGCCGGAAGUCAGGACCACAAAUUCUAGCUCUUGUUUUGACAGAAACUCACUGGGUAACUUAGUAAGCUCCUUAAGCUCUCUCUCCCUCAGUUUCUCAGUCUGUAAGAGGGUGUGAUCUCGCCUGUUCCACUGGCUUCCGUGAGAAUAAAGACGACAGGGGGUGUGAAGCGUUUGCAUAAACACUGCGCUUUGGAGGUAGCAUCCGGCGCAAAGUUGCGCACAUUGUGCAUGAAAGUGCCCACCCACAAACAGCCAAAACUGGUUUUACUUUAGAUGCAGAGAGAAUGUGCUUUUACGGGUGAACUCGGUUGGCUAGGACGAUUUCUGGCCUGUCUUCUUGGGAAGCUGAGCAGCAGGAUCAGAGAGGGUUUCGAAAAUGGGGACAAACUCUGAAGACCAGCCAGGUGUCUUCCCGGGUCCUCUGGGAUCGCGCUGCUCCAGACGGCUCCCUUGCGCCACCUGGUGUCCCAUCCCCGCCACUGCCCAGAAACCACGUGUAAGAAAGUGCUUGCAACCUAACUACGCACCCUGGUUUAGACCCACACUAGCCAAUAGAGAAGGGGGAGGCGGGGCAGGGGAAAGCGAGAGUCCAAUCAUUUCCCGCUUUCCGAGGAGGAGGCGGGGCUUGGGAUUUACCACGUUGGGUUUGUCCGCAGCGCUAAUUACUUUUUCCAAAGACUGGAGAGCUCACUCCGGCUGGCGCCGCCGCCUCGCGCGCUCCUACUCCGCCGCGACCGUCCGGGGGGGGCUGCUCCUCCCAAGUACCAUGUGUGACGGCGCCCUGCUGCCUCCUCUCGUCCUGCCCUUGCUGCUGCUGCUGGUUUGGGGACUGGACCCGGGCACAGCUGUCGGCGACGCGGCGGCCGACGUGGAGGUGGUGCUCCCGCGGCGGGUGCUCCCCGAAGACGUGCACCUGCCGCCGCUGCCCGGCGCUCCAGGGCCCCGCAGGCGCCGGCGCCCCCGCGCGCCCCCAGCCGUCCCGCGCGCCCGGCCCGGCGAGCGCGCCCUGCUGCUGCACCUGCCGGCCUUUGGGCGCGACCUGUACUUGCAGCUGCGCCGCGACCUGCGCUUCCUGUCCGGGGGCUUCGAGGUGGAGGAUACCGGCGCAGCCGGGCGCCGCGGACGCCCCACAGAGCUGUGCUUCUACUCUGGCAGCGUGCUCGGCUACCCCGGCUCCCUCGUAUCGCUUAGCGCCUGCGGCGCCGCCGGCGGCCUGGUUGGCCUCAUCCAGCUUGGGCAGGAGCAGGUGCUAAUCCAGCCCCUCAACAAUUCCCAGGGACAAGAGCAUCUGAUCAGGCGCAGAUGGUCCUUGACACCCAGCCCCUCUGCCGAGACCCAGAUAUCUGGGCAGCUCUGCAAAGUCCUAACAGAAAAGAAGAAGCCGAGGAGGGGCUGGCCAUCACGAGACUGGCGGGAGCGGAGGAAUGCCAUCCGGCUGACCACCGAGCACACAGUGGAGACGCUGGUGGUGGCCGAUGCUGACAUGGUGCAGUACCACGGGGCCGAGGCCGCCCAGAGGUUUAUCCUCACUGUCAUGAACAUGGUAUACAAUAUGUUUCAGCACCAGAGCCUUGGAAUUAAAGUUAACAUUCAAGUUACCAAACUUGUCCUGCUACGACAGCGUCCUGCCAAAUUGUCCAUUGGGCACCAUGGUGAGCGGUCCCUGGAGAGCUUCUGUCACUGGCAGAAUGAGGAGUAUGGAGGCGCACGGUACCUCGGCAACAAUCAGGUUCCAGGAGGCAAGGACGAUACGCCACCCGUGGAUGCCGCUGUAUUCGUGACCAGGACAGAUUUCUGCGUACACAAAGAUGAACCUUGUGACACCGUUGGAAUUGCUUACUUAGGAGGUGUGUGCAGUGCUAAGAGGAAAUGUGUGCUUGCCGAAGACAAUGGCCUCAAUUUGGCCUUUACCAUCGCUCAUGAGCUGGGCCACAACUUGGGAAUGAACCACGAUGACGACCACUCCUCCUGCGCUGGCAGGUCCCACAUCAUGUCGGGAGAGUGGGUGAAAGGCCGGAACCCCAGCGACCUCUCCUGGUCCUCCUGCAGUCGAGAUGACCUUGAAAACUUCCUCAAGUCAAAAGUUAGCACUUGUUUGCUGGUCACAGACCCCAGGAGCCAGCACGCGGUGCGCCUGCCCCACAAGCUGCCAGGCAUGCACUACAGCGCCAACGAGCAGUGCCAGAUCCUCUUCGGCACCAACGCCACCUUCUGCAGAAACAUGGAGCAGCAUCUGAUGUGCGCUGGACUGUGGUGCCUGGUGGAAGGAGAUACAUCCUGCAAGACCAAACUGGACCCUCCCCUGGAUGGCACAGAGUGUGGGGCAGACAAGUGGUGCCGCGCGGGGGAGUGUGUGAACAAGACGCCCAUCCCGGAGCACGUGGACGGAGACUGGAGCCUGUGGGGCAGCUGGAGCAUGUGCAGCCGCACGUGUGGCACGGGAGCCCGCUUCCGGCAGAGGAAAUGCGACAACCCUCCCCCGGGGCCUGGAGGCACGCACUGCCUGGGCGCCAGCGUGGAACACGCGGUCUGUGAGAACUUGCCCUGCCCCAAGGGCCUGCCCAGCUUCCGUGACCAGCAGUGCCAGAUGCAUGACCGGCUGAGCAGCAAGAAGAAGGGCCUGCUGACAGCAGUGGUGGUUGACGAUAAGCCGUGUGAACUCUACUGCUCGCCCCUCGGGAAGGAGUCCCCGCUGCUGGUGGCCGACAGGGUCCUGGACGGCACGCCUUGCGGGCCCUACGAGACCGACCUCUGUGUGCACGGCAGGUGCCAGAAAAUCGGCUGUGAUGGAAUCAUUGGGUCUGCGGCCAAAGAAGACCGGUGUGGGGUCUGCAGCGGAGACGGCAAGACCUGCCGCGUGGUGAAGGGUGACUUCAGCCACUCUCGGGGCACAGUCAAGAAUAACCUUUGUACCAAGGUGUCCACGUGUGUGAUGGCAAAGGCUGUUCCCAGGUGUUUCUCAUGUUAUAUUGAAGCUGCUAUCAUUCCAGCUGGAGCUCGAAGGAUUCGCGUGGUGGAAGAUAAACCUGCCCACAGUUUUCUGGCUCUCAAAGACUCCAGUAAGAGAUCCAUCAACAGUGACUGGAAGAUAGAGCUCCCCGGAGAGUUCCAGAUUGCAGGCACAACUGUCCGCUAUGUUAGAAGGGGCCUGUGGGAGAAAAUUUCCGCCAAGGGACCAACCAAAAUGCCUCUGCAUUUGAUGGUGUUGUUAUUUCAUGACCAAAAUUAUGGAAUUCAUUACGAAUACACCAUUCCCGUAAACUACACUGCUGAAAAUCAAAGUGAACCAGAAAAACCGCAGGACUCCUUGUUCAUCUGGACCCACAGCAGCUGGGAAGGUUGCAGUGUGCAGUGCGGAGGAGGGGAACGCAGAACCAUCGUGUCCUGCACACGGAUUGUUAACAAGACCACGACUCUGGUGAACGACAGUGACUGCCCUCAAGCCAGCCGUCCGGAGCCCCAAAUCCGAAGGUGCAACUUGCACCCAUGCCAGUCACGAGGACAAGAGAAUUCCCAGAUACCAGUUUCACAGUCUCUAGAUGCAUCCAUGUCUCUACAAAUGACCCGAUUUCGUUCUUUUUACGGGUGGGUGGCAGGCCCAUGGAGCCCCUGCUCAGCGACCUGUGAGAAGGGCAUCCAGCACCGGGAAGUGACCUGCAUGUACCAGCUGCAGAAUGGCACACACGUCGCCACUCGGCCCCUCUACUGCCCGGUGCCCCGGCCAUCGGCAGUGCAGAGCUGCGAAGGCCAGGACUGCCUGUCCAUCUGGGAGGCGUCAGAGUGGUCACAGUGUUCUGCCAGCUGUGGUAAAGGGACAAAGAAACGAACUGUGACAUGCACCAACUCGCAAGGAAAAUGCGAUGCAUCCACGAGGCCAAGAGCUGAGGAGACCUGUGAGGACUACUCCGGCUGCUACGAGUGGAAAACAGGGGGCUGGUCCAAGUGCUCGUCGACCUGUGGGAAGGGCCUGCAGUCCCGUGUGGUGCAGUGCAUGCACAAGGUCACUGGGCGCCAUGGCAAUGAGUGCCCUACCCUCUCCAAGCCGGCAGCCUACAAACAGUGCCACCAAGAAGUCUGCAAUGACAAGAUCAACGUGAACACCAUCACUUCUCCUCGCCUCGCUGCUCUGACCUACAAAUGCACACGGGACCAGUGGACAGUGUAUUGCAGGGUCAUCCGAGAAAAGAACCUCUGCCAGGACAUGCGGUGGUACCAGCGCUGCUGCCAGACAUGCAGGGACUUCUAUGCGAACAAGAUGCGCCAGCCACUUCCGCCACCAAGUUCAUGACAGGCGGCCAGUGGUCCCGCGAUGCUCCAACAUGAGGUCUGAGUCCUGACGACAUGGCUAGUUGAAAGCCCACCCACCCGAGAGCACACCAGUCCUGCGGCUGGGACCCCCAAAGCACACCGCGGCUCACCCAGGAGGCUGUCCCAAGAAUCCAAUUGCUUAGAACCUGAGAGUGAACUUGACGUUUGCUUAGUGCUUUUAUACUUAAUAUAUUGUUAACAGCCACUGGAUGGCUUUCUACGGUAAGGAAAAAAUAGGCAUGAGUCACAAAAUAAUUGUAAUUUCUAAGGUUCCACGUACCUCAAAGGGAACACCUCUGACAGAAAUUGCCAAGAGAGACGUCACAGGCACCCCUGUCUUGGCUUUCCUCUGACGUUUGAAUUCCCAGUGCUUGAUGUAUCGGGGGAUGGGGAGGAUAUCCAAAAACUGAGACGUUUUACUUUAAAGCAGGCUUUAUUCUGAAAGCCCGUGACACCCUGGAUGGAAGGAGGCUUCUCUGGAGAGGCCAGGCUGCUGGAGCCCCCUUGACACCACAAGGACCAGCACGUGGCCCCUCCACCCUGUCAGGGAACGUGCUCUCUAGAUAGCGGCUUUUCCUUGGAGGUCUUGUCCCUGAGAGUCUGAGUCUGUGUGAACUAAAAAGGACGCUAGGGCUGUGUAGUUCUGCAUACCACCUACGUGGGGGAGAAUAUUCCAGAAGGGCUUGGGUUUGGGGACGUAUCUAGUUUUCAGAUCUCUGUUGUCCCCCACACAGGGAAACAGAAGAGCCUCUCUUCAAGGUGCUGUGAGAGGAGGCACGUGCUUAUUUUGGCCUUGGGAUUGCUUCCUGGCAUAGAGGUGAGCUCAGGGCAGCUUUGGGAGGGGUGGAGGGGCUCCCCCUCUGCUUCUGGGGACUCUGCUCUAGCCAGUACUUCAUAAAGCUUUGCACCUUAGAGAUGGCUUCCCAUUGACCUUGGCCAUCUAUCUGAAGUUGAUUCUUCUUAGAACCUCUGAAGACUCAGGCUCAGGCCUGGUGCUUCACCCUGGCAUGGGGCAGGUUUCCUCCAGGGCUGCUCAGCCUAGUGCCAGGAUGGGUUGGAGGAGUGGCCCCUGGCCAGGAUGGACACAUACCCACCCAACCUUCCUGUGGCCCAGACCUUGCAAUGUUCCUCAUUGUCAUGCUGUCGUUGUUGACCCGUCUUAGUGGGGCAAGAAUGACACUCAGAAAAUCUGGAAGAAGGUAUUUGCCUCCUACAAACACCUCACCCCUCAAAACAGAACUGUGCCCUCUCUGGAGCCCAGGGAGAUGAAAAGAGUGUCCUCUGAAAGCACAGAAGAUGGUAGGACCCUGCCCACCCGGGAGCUGGGAGGAGGGGACCUGACAUGCUGGGAGGUCUGGUCUGCUGACCAACUCAGUGGGCCUUUGAUGGGUGCUUAUAUUCAAGGACUUUAUCAUGAGAAACCCACCCUCUCCUCCCUUAUUUCAGAGGGGAUCUUACUUAGGCUAAUCUCCAUGGGAUCAUCUCCAAGUGUUUCUUGAUUUACUGGUGCUGUGUUUAUGUAUCUGUGUUUGAGUUUUUGAUGUCACAACUUUAGAGUCAGCUUAAAUCAAAAUGAAAAAGAAACACUCUGCCACCCCAAGCCCGUCUUAUGGGCUGUGUUUUGGUUUGUGAAUUUUUUACUGUCCCAGAGGCAGAGAAGUGGUAGGGAUGGCAGGGAAUCUAUUCAGUUCCACUUGAAUCUGUGAGAAGUGUUGAGAAAACUCCUUAGAUAUUCUGUGGAAAGACCCCAGAGGGUACCAGGCUGGGGCAGCCCACCUGCAAGGUAACCUCCAGCGGCUGCCCAGGGCCUGUGCAGAACGCUGUCCUCCCUGCUCUGGCCUGGCCGCGAGCAGACUCCCCAGGUCCCUCAAAGUCUUGGGGAGCUAGGGCUCAGUUUUCCCCCAGCCCCAAAUGGGCUGUACUUUACCACAGAUGAACAGAAAGCUCUCAGCCUCGGGGGCUGAGGAGCAGAGUCGGGGCAGCAAGCUAAGGAAGCCGGGGCAGCCUUGAUUACUGUCUGCAUGGGAACCACGGGCCCACCUGAGCUGGGCAAGCAUGUGCACAUGCCCAGAGGCGAGCCCUUUGCCUGGUGCCUCUGAAUCUCCCCACUGGCCACCUUGACGGUAUCAACUGGACGCCCCUGGCAAGGGCCCCACACCCUCAGAAUGCAAAUGACUGAUUCAGUUAUUGUUAAACAUCCCUUUGGUUCCCCAAAGUUUGGGUCUUUCUGAGCUCUUUUAGCUCAUGCUGGCACUGUCACUCUGAAAUUCACCAGCCCGCCUUCUGUUCACAGCACAAGCAAUGAUCAAUUUCAGUGAAGCCAUCAUAGCACUCUUGCUCCACUUUGUACAGAAGACAAUGAAACCCUGUCAUUACAACAGUGAUGUUUCUUUAUGGUUAACAAUACCCUGUACUGUCACUCAAGUACUGUACCUUUUUGGUUGCACAAAUGUGUUACUAACUACAGAGUCUCACAGUCUUAUGGUGCUAUUUUCAUUGGUGCAAAUGAAACCCUCUCAGUUGACCAUGGCUUGAUAUUAUCAGAACACAGGGAAAGAUCCUCAAUGGCAGUAAUAUCAUUGCUUUGUUCUCUUUUCUUCA